AUGGAUCUCGCCUACGACCACAUUACCGAGGAGACGCUCAAAAACGAAGGCAAGCAAGCCGCCAAUGACAAGGGCAAGCAGCCUGAGGAUCCCAACACCCUGACCGCCGAUGUCCAGGACGCCUACCGCGCUUUCUCCGCCAGCCCCUGGGGUGCCCGCAUCGGCGGUUUCAUCGGUGCCGUAGCCAAGCAGGGCGGCUCGGUUUACAACCAAGCCUCGCACGAGCUCUCUGCCGUCGGCCAGGAUGCUACAACCGGCUUCUCUAGUCUCCGUGACACCAUAAUCAGCCGAACCCGCUCCUUGUCCCUCGCAACCGCGACCCCGGAAAACACCGCGACGGAGGCCGGAGCCUCGGGAACUACGCGCGAGCUGACCACUGACGAGGCCCUCAAAGAGUCGGAGACGGUCCUCUCCCGUCUCAAGGUCGCCGCUGCUCAACGCCUCAAGGAUAUCCAAAAGGCCGAGGACGCUGCCGACGAGGCUCUUCUCAAGUUCGGUACCAACAUCCGUGAUUUCCUGCGCGAGUCAAUCAGCAUUGCGCCACCUACCGCCUCGGAAAGCAACAGCCGGGGAACUGGCGCUGUCCUGUUCGAGAGCAAGGAUGCUCAGGGCAAACGGGUUAUUCACACUUCGCGAUUUGAUGCCCAGCUGCACGUCAUCCACACGAACCCAGAAAGCUUCUCCAAGGACCCUGCUGGAGAGGAGUACGCGGCUUGGUCGGACAAAUUCGACAUUGGCGAGAAGACUGAGGACAUCAGCGCCGAUCUGAAGAAGUAUCCCGAGCUGAGAACUACGAUGGAGAAGCUUGUGCCAGAUGAGAUUCCGUAUCCGGAUUUCUGGAAGAGAUAUUAUUUUCUUAGGCACAGUAUCGAAACUGCAGAGGCGAGACGCCGGGAUCUGCUCAAAGCUGCAUCCACCGAGGAGGAAGUUGGCUGGGACGAAGACUCGGAGGACGAGGAAACCCCCGCAGUUCAAAGCAAGACAUCAGCCGCCGAUGCUACCAAGACUGAACGUCCGGGCUCAACCAGUUCGUCUACCACCAUCAAUGUACCGCCCCAACCCACACAACCCGCCAUCAAGUCCAAGACCCCGGGCGACCGGCGGAAGUCCAACGAGCUCGACGUCAAGUCGCAGGCAGACAGUGAAGCCAGCUACGACGUUGUCGGUGCAGCAUCAGGUGUGCCCAGCCAGGCUCCAAACAGCCCCAAGGACCCGAAGAAGGCUGAUGAGAGCGAUGAAGAGGACUGGGAGUAA